GGUGAGUGAACUUGCUUUGUUUUUGUUUACAAUUUACCAGAUUUUUACUGUUUUCUAACAGAUUUUUAAGUGUUUAUUUACUUAUACAGAUUUAACCGAUUGUUUCUUCAUUAAAUAUCCGAUUUUCGCGAAUAAAAUCGACUGAAAUUCGUCCAAAUGGAAGCUGGAAGUGUUUGUCAAGGCUCGCGCGAUAAUAUUCGAGAAAAUAAUCAGGAAAACUCACCGACUAGAACGGAAAAAUGUGAUGAUUUGGGGCCCUGGACAAAUUUUCGGCCUAGGGGCGCGUUGGCUAGGGUGUUACAUGAGAAAGUGCUCCAAGAUCAGUAUUUAAGCCGAUUAGAUAAGAGCGAGUGGUACAACUGUAACUUAAGUGAUCUCCCAGUAGAUCUAGCACAAUCGUUUGUUCAACUGGGACCCGACCAAGAUACCGUCCAUUUUCUAGAAGAAUCCGAGAAAAAAUCGGACUGGAUUUUCACGCAACUUUGGCACGCCCUAGUCAAAUUCGUUCUGGGAUUGUUUAUGACGCAGACAUCUAUCAAUGGAUGGCUGCAGUGUGGUUCCAUGUUUGUUAUAUCGAAAUCCCAGCUGAUCAAAUUGCUCAAAGUGGACGAGAACGUUCGAUACGAUUCCUUGUUAGAUUUAGGAGCGGGAGAUGGCAAAGUUACCGCACAUUUGGCGCCGCUUUUUGACAAAAUUUACGUCACGGAAGUGUCAGAAACGAUGAAAAAGCUUCUUGGCAAACAAGGAUAUCAAGUUUUAGAUGUGGAAGACUGGUGCCAAGAUCGAAAAUUUAACGUCAUUUCCUGUUUGAAUCUCUUGGAUCGUUGCAACGCACCAUUAAGUAUUUUGGAAAAUAUUAGGAACAGUUUAGCUCCGGAUGGAUACGUUUUACUGGCUCUGGUUUUGCCAUUUUCGGCCUACAUAGAAACGGGAUCAUCGGAUCACAAACCCGUUGAAGCUCUACCCGUCAAAGGCAAUACAUUCGAAUCACAAGUAGAAAGUUUAGUGGAGAACGUGCUGAGAGCAAAAUUCGAAUUGAUAUCAUGGAGUAGAGUACCUUAUCUCUGCGAGGGAGAUUUACGCCAGUCGUACUACUGGUUGGAUGAUGUUAUUUUAGUGUUAAAAGCGACAAAAUAAGCUUUAAAUAAUCGAAGGAUUAAAUCGAAUUAUAUUUUUAUUACAUAAACGUCAUAAUUAAC